CGCAUCUAUCCUCAUUUGUCCCUUUACUGCCCUUUAUCUGAUGCAAUGGGGAAGUCUAAGAAGGCCAAUAAGCCAUUGACACAGGAAGAGAUCUGGGACGACUCUGCGCUGGUCCAGAGCUGGGACGAGGCUGUCGAGGAAUACAAACUUUAUCACAGCAUCCAGGCAAGAGGCGAGAAUGUGGAGGAUUUGUUGAAAGAGGCGGAGGCUGUAGAAGACUCUCAAGAAGUCUCACAACAACAAGGCUUGGAAGAACUGGUCGACGAGAUGGAUCAUGGUCAUGACGCCGAGCCGUCGGUAGUCGAUCCCACUGCUGCUCAAGCAAAGGCUACAGCUGAACCUCAACAGGACUCCGCUCGUGACGCAACAAGGACAACAGAACAGAUAUCCGCACCCACAGCUCCGGGACCGGCCCCUGACCAUGGUUUGGGUCCUGCAGGAGCCGCGCCUACGCCUCACGUCGCUCUAGCACAGGUGCAAGACGAGGGCUUGAAGAACCUCAUGAUGGCCUGGUAUUAUGCUGGUUAUUAUACCGGUCUCUAUGAGGGGCAGCAGCGAGCAAGUCAGAACAAGGGCCCUUGAACGUAUUAGUGUUUGAACUGCAUCGUGUGUCAUCAUAUUACCAUAUACCCAGAUC